UUUCCUGAAGGCGGGCUUUGUCUUUCUGGGCGGUGCGCUGCACGUUGGACUGGCUCCUUUCUACCUUUCCUUGACACCGCCUCGCCGCCGCCCCGUGUUUCCUCUCCGAGGGAAAGUGCGCCGAAAGUGCUGCCUAGAAUGCAAAGUCCGCCGUGCAAUGGCAGCCCAGCAUAGUCGACUGUUGGGCAAAGCAGGCGACCCCUUUUUCUUCAGGGGCUGCAGAGCCAGCCACUCGGGGAGGGUCUCGCUGAAACGAGAAUACGACGCUGUCGUGAUCGGAGCAGGACACAAUGGACUGGUGGCUGCUGCGUACCUGCAGAAGGGAGGGCUGAAAACAGCAGUGCUAGAGAGACGACACUUGGUGGGGGGCGCUGCGGUCACCGAGGAGAUUAUCCCAGGUUUUCGGUUCUCCAGAGCUUCCUAUUUGCUUAGCCUGCUGAGGCCUCAGAUUUAUUCAGAGCUGGAACUGAAGAGACAUGGCUUACGGGUAUUCCUGCGUGACCCUUAUGCCUUCACCCCAUUGUUGGAGGAUGGUCAGGGUGGAAAAGCCCCUCGCUCGCUCCUGCUGGGGAACAACGUGGCCGAAACACAGUCCCAGAUUGCUCAGUUCUCAGUGAAGGAUGCCCAGGCCUUUCCCAAGUAUGAAGCAUUCAUGAACCGCUUGGUGUCUGCCAUAGAUCCUUUGUUAGACACCUGCCCUGUGGACGUGGCGGAGUUCAGUCAGGGCUCUCUGCUUCAGCGACUCAGGGCCCUGCGAGGCCUGCAGACCCUGUUUCGUGCAGGCUUUGCUCUGGGGAAGCAGCUUCCCCAGUAUUACCAGGUCCUCACAGCCCCCAUUUCCAAGAUCUUGAAUCUCUGGUUUGAGUCGGAGCCCUUGAAAGCAACACUGGCCACAGAUGCAGUGAUUGGUGCCAUGGCUGGUCCCCAUACACCAAGCAGCGGGUAUGUGUUGCUGCACCAUGUCAUGGGUCAACUAGAGGGGUGCCAGGGGGCCUGGGGCUAUGUGGCCGGUGGCAUGGGGGAGCUAUCCCAGGCCUUGGCUCGUGCAGCUACCACACUUGGGGCUGAGAUCUUCACUGAGAAGACAGUCGCCCAGAUUCUUUUAAGCUCUGACAGGAAGGUGCAAGGUGUUGCCCUGCAGGAUGGAACUGAAGUGAAGAGCCAGCUGGUGCUAUCCAAUGCAUCUCCACAGCACACCUUUCUGGAACUGACCCCAAAGGAGCAACUGCCGCUGGAUUUUUUGCAGAGACUCUCACAAUUUGAUACACACUCUCCGGUUACCAAGAUCAAUGUGGCUGUGGAUCGGCUGCCCAAUUUCCUUGCAGCCCCAAACACCAGUGAUGGGAGUCCUUUGCCUCAUCACCAGUGCUCCAUCCACCUGAACUGUGAGGACAUGGACACACUGCACCAGGCCUUUGAGGAUGCCUCUCACGGGAGGCCCUCUAGCAGGCCCAUGAUUGAACUGUGCAUCCCAUCUGCCCUGGACCCCACACUGGCUCCCCCCGGCUGCCACGUCAUCUCUCUCUUCACUCAGUACACCCCUUAUACACUGGCUGGAGGGAGGCAAUGGGAUAAUCGAGAGCGUGAUUCCUAUGCUGACCAAGUGUUUGACUGCAUUGAGGCCUAUGCUCCUGGAUUCAAGGCCUCUGUCAUUGGCAGAGACAUUCUAACACCACCAGACCUUGAGCGGAUCUUCGGCUUGCCUGGGGGGAAUAUUUUUCAUGGAGCCAUGUCUUUAGACCAGCUGUAUUUUGCCCGACCUGUGCCCUCCUAUUCUAGCUACCGGUCUCCAAUCCAAGGCCUGUACCUCUGUGGCAGUGGUGCCCAUCCUGGAGGAGGCGUAAUGGGAGCUGUGGGCCGCAAUUCUGCUAGGACAGCUCUGGAGGACUUCAAGAAACAAUGACCCAGUUGGAGCAUUUGGGCUGUCCUGGCUCAGAAAACUGGACCAGCCGGCAGCCAGAAAUAAAUACUGAGCAGUUUCUCCAAAUCUGGUUCCAGACAUCUGUUUUCAUGGCUGAAUCCGCAAGCAUUACACUCCAGGGAUUCCACUGCAGUGGGAUGGACACUGGGAUGGACACUGCCCCUGGACACAUGCAUGCCAGUAGCACAUUAGAAGCAGCUUAUGAGUUUUAAUUUAUAUGUAUUAUUGUAUUCUGUGUUCUGUUGUACACUGCCCAGAGCCCUCCAGGGGUGGGCAGUUCCUAAAUCUAUUAAUUAAUUAAUUAAUUGUUCGCUGACACCCACCCACCCCCAUUAUGCUGUUGUUCAACUAGGAGUUGUGCUUUCUUGAUGAGUUCCUUUACUGUCAAUUACUAUCCAGUCAGAUUGACAUCAAAUACCAGGAAAGAUUCUAGAGCAGAUAAUUAAACAGACAGUCUGUAAGCACUUA